UCAUUGUCACAUGUUCAGCAAUAUGGCGGCGAAGUGAGACGCAGAUGAAUCGUAUGCGUCUUGUUUUCAACCAUUGAAGAUGGGUGGUGUUGAAGGGGACAAGAAGGAGGGUGAGACCUCCAAAGACAGAGAACGAAGAAGAAGUCGCUCCAAAUCUCGAGAAAGGGAUCGGAAAGGAUCUCCAAGCAGAGACCGCAAACCACGGCACAGGUCACGCGAGCGAAAACGUUCUCGCACUCGCUCCAAAUCCCCAGACAGAGACCGUCGCUUAAAAGACAAAGACAGAGACAACAAGGACCGUGACAAGGACAGAGAUCGCGGCAGGAAGGAUCGGGACAGGGACAAGGAUGGCCACCGGCGAGACAGAGACCGCAAGAGGUCCAGGAGCUUGUCACCAAGGUCAAGAGAGCGGAUUAAAAGAGAGAAAGACUUGAAAAAAGAGGAGGAGGAGGAAGAAGAUGGGAAGAAGAAAGACAAGGUGAACCCCCUGUCACUGGAGGAGCUCCUGGCCAAGAAGAAGAGGGAAGAGGAGGCCCAGGCUAAGCCUAAGUUCCUGUCCAAAGCGGAGCGCGAGGCAGAGGCCAUCAAGCGCAGGGAGGCACAGGCGGAGGAGAGGAGGAAGACCAUAGAUGAGGAGAGGAAGAAGAGGAGGGUCUUCCAGGACAUCGGGAGGAAGAUGAUGGAGGACCCGAUGGAGCGCGAGCGGAGAGAGAGGAGGGAGCGCAUGGAGAGGGAGAACAACGGAAACGACGAGGACGAUGGACGCCAGAAGAUGAGGGAGGAGAAGGACAAGGGCAAAGAGCUGGUCGCCAUCAAGGAGCGUUACCUGGGGGGCAUGAAGAAACGCCGCCGCACACGACACCUGAACGACAGGAAGUUUGUAUUCGAAUGGGACGCCUCCGAGGACACCUCCACUGACUACAAUCCCAUCUACAAAGAGAAGCACUCGGUGCAGCUAUACGGCCGAGGCUUCAUUGCCGGUAUUGACCUCAAGCAGCAGAAGAGAGACCAGUCACGUUUCUACGGAGACCUGAUGGAGAAAAGACGAACUCUGGAGGAGAAGGAACAGGAGGAGGUGCGUCUGAAGAAGAUGCGCAAGAAGGAGGCCAAGCAGCGCUGGGACGACCGCCACUGGUCGCAGAAGAAGCUGGAGGAGAUGACGGACAGGGACUGGCGUAUCUUUCGGGAGGACUACAGCAUCACCACCAAGGGAGGCAAGAUCCCCAACCCCAUCCGCAACUGGAAGGAGUACCUGCUGCCCCCACACAUCCUGGAGGUCAUCGACAAGUGCGGAUACAAGGACCCCACCCCCAUCCAGAGACAGGCCAUUCCCAUUGGUCUACAGAACAGAGACAUCAUCGGCGUGGCUGAGACUGGUAGCGGUAAAACGGCUGCUUUCCUCAUCCCACUGCUGGUCUGGAUCACUACCCUGCCCAAGAUUGACAGAAUUGAGGACUCUGACCAGGGUCCGUACGCCGUGAUCCUGGCUCCGACCCGUGAGUUGGCCCAGCAGAUCGAGGAGGAGACCAUCAAGUUUGGCAAACCGCUGGGCAUCCGCACGGUGGCCGUGAUUGGUGGAAUCUCCCGAGAGGACCAGGGCUUCCGCCUCAGGAUGGGUUGUGAGAUUGUGAUUGCCACUCCGGGUCGUCUGAUCGACGUGCUGGAGAACCGCUACCUGGUGCUGGGCAGGUGCACCUACGUGGUCCUGGACGAGGCCGACAGGAUGAUUGACAUGGGCUUCGAGCCCGACGUCCAGAAGAUUCUGGAAUACAUCCCCGUGACCAAUCAGAAGCCGGACACAGACGAGGCCGAGGACCCCGACAAAAUGACGCUCAACUUUGAGUCUGGCAAACACAAGUACAGACAGACGGUCAUGUUCACAGCUACUAUGCCCCCGGCUGUGGAGCGCUUGGCCCGGAGCUACCUGCGGAGGGCAGCGGUGGUCUACAUCGGCUCCGCUGGCAAACCUCACGAGAGGGUGGAACAGAAGGUCCUGCUCAUGACCGAGUCCGAGAAGAGGAAGAGGCUUCUGGAAGUUCUGGCCAGCGGUUUCGAGCCGCCCAUCAUCAUCUUCGUCAACCAGAAGAAGGGUUGCGAUGUGCUGGCCAAGUCUCUGGAGAAGAUGGGGUACAAUGCUUGCACACUUCACGGUGGCAAGGGGCAGGAGCAGAGAGAGUUCGCCCUGUCCAACCUGAAGGCGGGAGCCAAGGACAUCCUGGUGGCUACCGACGUGGCCGGAAGAGGUAUCGACAUCCAGGACGUCUCCAUGGUCCUCAACUACGACAUGGCCAAGAACAUCGAGGACUACAUCCAUCGUAUUGGUCGUACGGGUCGUGCGGGCAAGAGCGGUGUGGCCAUGACCUUCCUGACCAAGGAGGACUCGUCUGUCUUCUACGACCUGAAGCAGGCCAUCCUGGAGAGCCCCGUGUCUACCUGCCCGCCCGAGCUGGCCAACCACCCCGACGCCCAGCACAAGCCGGGCACCAUCCUCACCAAGAAGAGGCGCGAGGAGACCAUCUUCGCCUGAGGAGGGAGGCGUCAGGAGACCAUCUUCGCCUGAGGAGGGAGGCGUCAGGAGACCAUCUUCGCCUGAGGAGGGAGGCGCCAGGAGACCAUCUUCGCCUGAGGAGGGAGGCGUCAGGAGACCAUCUUCGCCUGAGGAGGGAGGCGCCAGGAGACCAUCUUCGUCUGAGGAGGGCCAGAGCAGAAGGACCAGAAUCCCCACCACAUUGGACCAGACCAGAACAUGCGCCUGGGAUAGGUCAGCUGGGCCACACACACAGGGGAUGUAUCUCAAAGUCAAGGAUCCUGGGCUUGCUAAGAUGUGAAAUGCCCAGUGAUUGGAUACUCCGCAGAGUUCACCAAAGAGUAUCCAGUCACUGGGCGUUUUACGUCCUAGCAAGGCCAGGAUCUUUGACUUUGGGAUACAGCCAGGGAUGCCACAGGCACGUGCAUAGAGGACUUAGGUGGCAGAUGCCAUUUUGUCCUAGGGUUAAUUCAUUGCCAUUUUUUUUUACUUGUUUUUUUUUUCUUUUCCUUUUGUCUCACUCUCUUUGUAUCCCUCUCGCAAAUGUAUUUUCAGCAACCCCCCACCUCUGUUGCUAUCCACCCAAUUGUCUCACUGUUCACCUUGUCUCAUAUACAUGCCUCUGCUUCUCCCGCUCUGUCUGUGUAAGGCCGGCCACCUCUCCUUUGCUGGUUUAACAGUGAAGGGACCAUGAAAUGAUCUUGCCAUUUGUGUAUGUGUGUGUGUGUGUGUUUAGGAGAGACCCAGCAUGAUCAGUGGUGUAUAUUUUCAUGAGAGCAGACAAAGCAAGUCUUGGAAGGCCAGUCUUCUCUCCUCCAACCGUACACUUGAACAUGACAUUUUUUUGUAUUAUUGUUCGGUUACCUGAUGGCUGUACUUAAUUGUACUACUGCCAGUUUUAAAUUGAUUUGUAGCCUGUAGUAAGCGUAAGUGUGCUGCAAGAUCCAAAUUCAACUGUGUGAAUUCAGUCAGGUGAAUAUUUGUGCAGAUAAGUUGCAUAGAAAGUAUAUGUGAAGCUUUUAUUAAACCCUCAUUUGGCUGAA